AUGGCUGCCAAUCUCAAGGACUCUGCCCUUCUCUCCAUCUCGCUUAACUCGGCAACCAAGGCUGUGCAGACGGCAUUCCCCAACACUGAAGUGGAGGGUGUGCCGUCGCCGACCGGCGUCAAGAUCGUGCUGACUGCGGUCUCGUUCGGCGGCGAAGAGCACGCUGUCAAGGAAGUGGUCUGGCACAAGGCGCAGCGCAACCUUUUCUCAAAGUACCCCAAGCUUCGGCGGACGGCCAUGAAGGAGAUUGCAGCUGAUCUUACCGCCGUCGUCGAGCGUCUUUACAGCGAGUUUGAGGGCUAG